CUUCCUGCGGCGCACACCAGGCCCCAUGCUCAGCCUGCGGCACCGUGGCCUGGGCCCACGGGGUGCCAAGGCUCUAGCUCUUUCCUUGAUGGUUGAUACUUCUAUCCUCACGUUAGACCUGAGUGACAACUGGCUGCAGGGCAAAGGGGCAGCUGCAAUUGCGGAGAUGCUGAAAGAAAACUGCUACAUUUCAGAAUUAGGUGUUGAAGGAGCUAAGGCCUUUUCCGCUAUGCUUCUAGAAAAUACUACAAUUGUGUCCCUCCAGCUCUCAGGAAAUGAAUUUGAUGAUCAUGCAGCAAAGUAUUUAGCAGAUGCCAUCACAGCAAACAGCAAAGUGGAAAUUCUGGAUCUGAGUUACAACAUGUUUGGUGACAAAGCAGGUGAAAUUCUCGGAAUGGCAAUAGCAGAAAACAUUGGAUUAAAGGAACUUAAAAUCAGCUGGAAUCAUUUCCAUAGCCAAGGGGCAGCUGCCUUGGCCAAAGGCUUGGGGGCAAACAUAUUCCUCAAGGUGCUGGAUGUUUCCUACAAUGGCUUUGGCAACAAUGGAGCAGCUGCUUUGGGGGAGGCUCUUAAAGCCAACAAUGUGCUGGAAGAGCUCAACGUUGGCAACAACCGAAUUUCGGUGGAAGGAGCUCUGCACAUUGCAGCUGGCUUGAAAGAAAACAACGCUCUGAAAAGACUUAACAUGACCAGAAAUCCCAUGCAGAGUGAAGGCUGCUGUGGGGUCCUCAAAGCUCUACAAGCAAACUCUUUUACCAGCAUAGAGAUCCUGGACUUGCCA